UUGGCUCUGGAGUUUGUUCUGCUGCAAGGAGGGGGUUGCCGAGUUGUUAGCGCGCAUGCGCAGCGGCGUUGGUUCCGUUAGCUGUCAUAGUGUUUUCCUUCAUGGACCAAAACUCACCGGACAGCUCCGCAAACACGCCCGCAGCUUAACGCAGACAGCACCCCGCAAACAUUUGGACUUUCAAAGCCGACAAUAAUGUCUGCAGCGAGCUGUUUCACGGUGCACAAACUCGGACACUGUCGUCGUUACCGGACACAGUCACGGUAACGUAAGUAACGGCUGCUGCUGAAGGUGGGAGGAACUUUUACUUAAAGUUGGAAAAGUAUUUUUAAAGUUUUUUAACUAUGGUAGCUUCUUUGUUGACCGGCGUGGCCCAAACACCGGAGUGAAACCGGAUUUAAAAAAAAAUAAAAUAAAAAAAAAAAUAAAAAAAGGAGCCGGACAGGUAAGCUCCGGUAAGCUCCGGUUGCGAUGGGCAACCGCGGGAUGGAGGAGCUGAUCCCGCUGGUCAACCGACUGCAAGACGCCCUGAGCAGCGUCGGGCAGAGCUGCAGCCUCCACCUGCCGCAGAUCGCCGUGGUGGGCGGACAGAGUGCGGGGAAGAGCUCCGUCCUGGAGAACUUCGUGGGCAGAGACUUCCUUCCACGGGGUUCAGGAGUCGUCACUCGCCGGCCUUUAAUCCUCCAGCUGCUUAGUGGUAACUCGGAGCAUGGUGAAUUUCUCCACUGUAAAGGAAAGAAGUUCACAGACUUUGAUGAGAUCCGCAAAGAGAUCGAGGUAGAGACAUGCAGAGUCACCGGAUCCAAUAAAGGCAUCUCUCCCGUCCCCAUCAACCUACGGAUUUAUUCACCGCAUGUGCUGAACCUGACUCUCGUGGACCUGCCUGGCAUCACCAAGGUGCCUGUAGGCGACCAGCCAGCAGACAUAGAGUACCAGAUACGAGACAUGAUCAUGCAGUACAUCUGCAAGGAAAACUGUCUCAUCCUGGCUGUCACGCCAGCCAACACUGACCUGGCCAACUCUGAUGCACUCAAACUGGCAAAAGAUGUUGACCCACAGGGCCAGCGAACAAUUGGUGUAAUCACUAAACUGGACCUGAUGGAUGAAGGAACAGAUGCCCGGGAAAUACUAGAGAACAGAUUGCUUCCUCUACGCAGAGGUUACAUAGGGGUGGUGAACCGCAGUCAGAAGGACAUUGAUGGGAAAAAGGAUAUUAAGGCAGCUCUGCUUGCAGAGCAGAAGUUUUUCCUGUCCCAUCCGGCCUACAAGCACAUGGCUGAAAACAUGGGCACCCCAUAUUUACAGAGAAUACUAAACCAGCAACUGACAAACCACAUCCGGGACACUUUGCCAGCCUUCCGUAGUCAUCUGCAGAGCCAGCUUCUGGCCUUGAACAAAGAGGCUGAAGAGUACAGACAGUAUAGUCCUGAUGACCCUGCACGCAGGACCAAGACAAUGCUACAGUUAGUUCAACGUUUAGCUGUCGACUUUGAGAAACUAAUCGAGGGCUCAGGCGACAAAGUAGACACCGUCAAUCUGUCAGGAGGUGCUAAGAUCAACCGAAUCUUCCAUGAGCGCUUCCCCUAUGAACUGGUCAAGCUUGAGUCUGAUGAGAGGAAGCUGCGGCAGGAGAUCAACUAUGCCAUCAGAAACAUCCAUGGUGUCAGGACAGGCUUGUUCACUCCUGACAUGGCAUUUGAAGCCAUAGUAAAGAAACAGGUAUCAAGGCUAAAAGGGCCGUGUACUAAAUUUGUUGACAUGGUCAGUCAAGAACUACUCUCCACUGUGCACCAGUGUAUCGGCAAGCUCAGUUCUUUUCCCAAACUGCAAGAAGAGACAGAGAGAAUUGUCACCACUGAAAUACAAGAGCAAGAGAGUAAAUGCAGGGACCAGAUCAUGUUGCUCAUUGACAUACAGCUCGCCUACAUAAAUACCAAGCACGAGGACUUCAUUGGCUUCACAAAUGCUCAGCACGCACACAACCAAAACAAUAAGAAGAAUGCUGCAGCGAUGGCAGGAAACCAGGGUGUGGGCCUUCUCUCAAGUCUAAUAGUCAUACGCAAGGGCUGGCUGACCAUCAGCAACAUCGGCAUCAUGAAGGGCGGAGCCAAGGAAUACUGGUUUAUCCUCACCGCUGAGAGUUUGUCUUGGUUCAAGGAUGAUGAGGAAAAAGAGAAGAAGUACAUGCUUCCUCUGGACAACUUAAAGCUCAGAGAUGUGGAGAAGGGCUUCAUGUCAAGCAAAUUUGUUUUUGCAAUCUUCAACACAGAGUUAAGGAACGUGUACAAGGACUACAAAUGCCUUGAGUUGGCCUGCGACUCUCAGGAGGAGCUGGACAGCUGGAAGGCAUCUCUGCUUCAGGCCGGAGUCUACCCUGAGAAAGUCACUGGAAACGGAGCCGAAAACUUCUCCGACCCCCAGCUGGAGCGUCAGGUGGAAACCAUUCGUAACCUGGUCGACUCCUACAUGACCAUCAUCUAUAAGACCGUCAAGGACUUAAUGCCAAAGACCAUUAUGCACCUCAUGAUCAACAGCGUGAAGGAGUUCAUUAGCUCUGAGCUCCUGGCCCAGCUCUACGCUCUGGGAGAAUGCUCAGCUCUGAUGGAUGAGUCACCGGAGCAGCAGAAGCAUCGCGAGGAAGUGCUCUGCAAACACGCUGCCCUGAAGGAGGCGCUCACCGUCAUCGGAAAGAUCUCCACCUCCACUUGCACCACCCCUAUGCCUCCACCUGUAGACUCCUCUUGGAUACAGCCCUCCAGCAAUGCACUCCCUAAAAAGUCAGCGACCAGUGGCAAGCCAGUGGCUCGUGGCCAUGCCCCAUCUGUUCCUCGGGUGCCCGCUCACACUGGACCCACUGCUGCCCAGAGUGUUGAUGGCCUUCAGCAGCCUGCUGGCCAACCCACCCGCGCUCCACCUAGCGUGCCAAGACACUGCCAAUCCCUAUAAUUCUCCAUCAGAACAAGGCUCUAAUUCAGGGGAGACAUCCUCCACCCAUCCCAAAUGUGAAAUGACAGUCCUUUCCCUGCUAAGAACUCCAUUACCCAUCUACCCCGGUGAUCUUUCCAGCUGCGGCGGAGUGCUACCCAGAGACACCCAAUGACCUGUGUGAUGUGUAAUCCAGCUGAAGCAUUAAACUGGGCUUCUCUCGUCUCCUCUGGGAGCAGCUGUCUGCAAAAGUCA